UCGGUCCACGUAUACAAUCUAAUUGGAGAGUCGUCCCAAACUUGUUCCCCCACCCAGCUGCUGCAGCAGCAGAUGUGGGGGGCAGCCAGCGGGGGUGGACUCGAGCAGCUUGCCUCCUGCUGCCGGUCGUUCACCCCCACCACCCCUUACCCCCUGCAUCCUGAUCCCUUUGUGCCUGCCGCCUUCUGGCGAAAGGCUCCCCACAGGCACGCCACCUCACUUCCCACCACCUUGGGGCCCUGCCUUUGCUCCCUUCUGGCCACCCCUCCCUGCUUACCCUGGCUCCAGAGGGCUGUCCCUGCUCCAUCCUGGGGCACGGUGCUUGGCCCCAGCCCUGCACAAGAGCGCCGUGGCCAUGCGUGGCGUCCCGGACUGGAGUGGGGACAGCUUGCCGCAGCAAAGGCGAUUCGGGGGGAAGACAGCAGCUGCAGCUCUGCCCAACCUCCAGUCAGGGUUGCAGCCACAGCAGCCGCCUACUCUUCUCCCUCCAUGCCUCCCCCUCACAAUAGUUGAUCCCAAGAUAAGGUUUUUUUCCCCAUGUUAAAUGGGAAAAAAAAUCUUGUCUUGGUAUCAAAUACAGUGUGUUGUAAAUAAAAGAUUUCCACAAGCAUUUUGUAAUUUAAAUAACCAAGUGGUUUGUGUUUCCACCAUACAAGUAUCAAUUUUAGUCACUCAAAUUAGUUGACCUCCAUUUCCAAAGGCCAUGUAUGUUAUUCGGAUGACCACUUCAGGUGUGUUGUCCGUUUGGUUCUCUAUUGUACUCGUCCGUUGCAGGUCCUCAUCUGUCGAAAUUACCGUGGAGAUGUUGAUAUGUCAGAGGUUGAGCAUUUUAUGCCAAUCCUUAUGGAAAAGGAAGAAGAAGGAACACUUUCCCCCAUUCUAGCUCAUGGAGGAGUUCGUUUUAUGUGGAUUAAACAUAACAAUUUAUAUCUUGUUGCAACUUCUAAGAAGAAUGCUUGUGUCUCUCUGGUGUUUUCAUUCCUCUAUAAGGUGGUUCAAGUAUUUUCAGAAUAUUUCAAGGAGUUGGAAGAAGAAAGCAUUCGGGAUAACUUUGUUAUUAUUUAUGAAUUGCUAGAUGAGCUAAUGGAUUUUGGUUAUCCCCAAACCACUGAUAGUAAAAUUUUACAAGAGUACAUCACUCAGGAAGGCCACAAACUUGAAACUGGAGCUCCACGUCCACCUGCCACUGUUACCAAUGCUGUUUCUUGGAGGUCAGAGGGGAUAAAAUAUAGGAAAAAUGAGGUGUUUCUGGACGUUAUAGAAUCUGUUAACCUUUUGGUUAGUGCCAAUGGCAAUGUAUUACGGAGUGAGAUAGUUGGAUCCAUUAAAAUGAGGGUCUUUCUUUCCGGAAUGCCAGAACUUCGCCUUGGUUUAAAUGAUAAAGUACUCUUUGAUAACACAGGACGUGGCAAAAGCAAGUCAGUGGAAUUGGAAGAUGUAAAGUUUCACCAGUGUGUCCGUCUCUCUCGCUUUGAAAAUGACCGGACAAUUUCUUUCAUCCCACCUGAUGGGGAGUUUGAACUCAUGUCUUAUCGUCUUAACACUCAUGUAAAACCACUGAUCUGGAUUGAGUCUGUGAUUGAAAAACAUUCCCACAGUCGCAUAGAGUACAUGAUCAAGGCAAAGAGUCAAUUCAAGCGCAGAUCUACUGCCAACAACGUGGAGAUUCACAUUCCAGUUCCAAAUGAUGCAGACUCACCAAAGUUUAAAACCACAGUGGGAAGUGUCAAAUGGGUUCCAGAGAACAGUGAAAUUGUGUGGUCCAUUAAAUCUUUUCCAGGGGGAAAGGAAUAUCUAAUGCGAGCUCACUUUGGGCUUCCAAGUGUUGAAGCUGAAGAUAAAGAAGGCAAACCACCCAUUAGUGUCAAGUUUGAAAUUCCAUAUUUUACCACUUCAGGAAUCCAGGUCCGCUACUUAAAGAUCAUCGAGAAGAGUGGGUAUCAGGCUUUACCAUGGGUUCGCUAUAUCACCCAAAAUGGAGACUAUCAGCUCCGAACACAAUAAGAAUUUUUGUACCCGACAUAGACAACUGUACUUCAGGCCUAAAAUUUGUUUGCAGAAAUCUUUACUGUAUUGAAGACUGCAGACUCUUGUUUCCAGAUGUAUUAUUUCAGCAAACUUGAACUGAGGAGAAGGAAUUGGUUAUUUACUAUGUUCAACAAGCAGUGUUUGGACCAUUAGUACAGAUUGGGUAGAUGUUUAUAUCAUUCUUAGAGCACAUUAAUUUUGCUGCUAAAUGUUGAUUGUGUUGGGAGUAGCAGGUUUUCCUGAGAAGCCAGGCAUGCAGACUGAAUCUCUUUAUAGUCAAAUGUCAGAGUUUCCAGCGUCCAAACUUUCAAAAGAAUACUAAUGCCAUCUGUAAAGCCAUUAGCAGAAUCAUAUUAAAAACAGGGAAAAUGAUGGUGCCACUGAAAUGACUGCUAAGCAUUCUUAGUUGUGCUAACCCAGGAUAUUUAUUCCGCUCAAAAAUCCAUCUUCUGGGUGAUGAUUUCUUUAAUUAAGGCUGUAUGAGCUUGCAACGACUUAAAGAUGGAUCAAAAAAUUGUCAUAGAUUCAGAAUAAAAGUUGGUUUUAUUUCAGAUGUUUAGGUCAUGUAAUCUUUGACAACUUGAAGUGGUGGGAUUGUGCACAGUUUUAAACAUACAAAUACUAGAACUGCUAUGUUACGUCCAAGGUGAGAGAUGUCAAGAAAAAAUGUCUGUGGCCAUCGCUGCAGAAUCAAAAUGAAUGCUAGUGGCUAGCAGAGAUUGCAAAGCUGAGGCAUUUAAACAAUUCGUGCCAGCUAGCACAAUGCUUGCUUGGCUUUGAUAUUAUCAAAGGAAAAAGAAAAUUAAAACUUGGAUUAAACAAGCUGAGACUUCAAUUUACAUUGAGAAGGUCAAAAACAAUAUGGUUAAAAGAAAACCUCAGUAGGAAGACACUUGAUCAUUAGAAUAAUUCAGGUCCUUCUUGAUUCUUUCCAAUCUAUUAGCAUCUCAGUGGAUAACAAUCAGAAACUGCAUCCCUAUCACCCAGGUUAGUUUCAUAUAAAUUUUCUCAUUUUUUCAACAUGCACGUUAAAGAACUUUAAACUUGCUCCAGCUUGUCUGGAAAAGUUGUUUUCUUUCCCUGUCUUUUUUCCAUUUAAGUAGUUACCCGGUUCUUUAUUCUAAGCUUGUUGACACACACUGCCACAGAAUGUUACAUGGUCAGGGCAGAUCCCCUGCCUGGGUUCGUGUGUGUUUCUUUAUUUUGUAUGUUUGGUUUUUUUACAUACUGCUGUUGUUUUUGAAGAUAGAGCUGAGUUGCUUCUGUUCUAGAAAAUGUUCAACAAAUAAUUAUAGCAGGGUUCUCUUCAAAAAGGACUUCCAAACACCUUUAUUUCUGGUGUGAUGGUAAACCUGACAGUUGUUAUAUUGGCAGAUUUGAAGACUGAAUGUUUCUGCCCACAGAUGGAUGCCUGCACUGCCCUAUUAAAUGUCCUGAGCCCUGUCUCAAGGGUGAGAGGAUAACUCAGCAACUGUAACCCUCAUAUUCUGUUGCAUAUAUUAUUAAAAAAAAAUCAACCAAAUUCCCCUGAGUAAUGUAGCUUUAUAUUAAAGGAGGACUUAUCUCAGAAAAGAGUCCUGCUGAUGUUUGUCACAGUGCUAACAUAAAGGUGUGUCUAGAAGACAGUAUGGGGGAGAGAUGGAUGAUGAGGCAGAAUACUAAGUGUGGAUGCAUGUAUUCCAAAGUAAGUGAUGUCUGUUACCCAGCAAGUCUGCUGACAAAAAUUAUUAAAUCACGUUGUCCAAGA